CACAUGUCACAUCAACGUCAACGUCAUGGUCACGUCACGUCAUUAAUAUUGAUCAUUUAAUUUUAGACGUCGUUGUCGAAGAUUAAUUAAUAAAAUAUCAAUUAUUAAAAUAGUAUAAUUCAAUUUGUUUGUAUUGGAUUAUAAUCUGUUUAACUCUGACAUCUAGUGUACAGGGACUGUCUGACAGGAAUAAAAAAAAAACGAUUCAAAAUGUGGAGCGAUUCUUUGCUGAUCGUAUUUAUUUCUAUAUGUACUGCAUUUUUAGGUGAAGGUCUAACAUGGAUCCUUGUUUAUCGAACAGAAAAAUACCAAAAACUUAAGGUUGAGGUUGAACGUCAAAGCAAAAAAUUGGAAAAAAGAAAAGAAGCUCAUGGGGACUCUUUGGAUAAACAACAUAAAAAGAAAAUUGAGAGAGAAGAAGAACGAUUGAAGAAUAACAACAGAGAUCUUUCUUUAGUCAAGAUGAAGUCUAUGUUUGCUAUUGGUUUUGCAUUCACGGCUCUACUUAGCAUGUUCAACAGUAUAUUUGAUGGUAGAGUAGUGGCUAAACUUCCAUUCUACCCCAUCUCAUGGAUUCAAGGACUCAGUCACAGAAACCUACCUGGUGAUGACUACACAGACUGCUCAUUUAUCUUCCUAUACAUAUUGUGUACAAUGAGCAUCAGGCAAAACAUUCAAAAGCUGCUAGGAUUUGCUCCAUCUCGUGCUGCAUCAAAACAAGGUGGCGCCCUCUUUGCAGCACCUCCAGCUCAAUUUAAGUAAUGCAGUGCAUUUCAAUAGUUAAAUCAGUUGUGUGAAUUUUAUAUUUAAUAAUUUAUGUUCUAGGUACCUAGAUUUUGUUUGAAAUAAAUAACAUGUAAAUCA